AAAAACCUUGUUCUCCCACUCCAAACGAUUUAGGUUAUAAUAUUCAGAGAAAGGGAAAACAAAUAAAACAAAAAGACGAGAAAACCAGUUGUAAUUUCUAAAAUAAGAGAUUCAAAUGCGGAAUCGCUGAAGGAGAAGAAACAGAAGGUUCGAGACAUCAUCCAUGGCAGACAGGCAGAGCAAGGAGAACACAAGCAGAAGGAAGAACGGGGAGAACCAAUCUUUGCUUCUGGGGCGGUACGAGAUCGGGAAGCUUCUGGGGCAUGGGACAUUCGCCAAGGUCUACCACGCCAGGAACGUCAGAUCCAACGAGAGCGUGGCCAUCAAAGUCAUCGACAAGGAGAAGAUCCUCAAAGGCGGUUUGAUCGCACAUAUCAAGCGCGAGAUCUCCAUACUCCGCCGCGUUCGCCAUCCCAACAUCGUUCAAUUGUUUGAAGUCAUGGCCACCAAGGCUAAGAUCUACUUCGUCAUGGAGUACGUCAGGGGCGGAGAGCUCUUCAAUAAGGUCGCCAAAGGCCGCCUCAAGGAGGAGGUCGCUCGCAAGUAUUUCCAGCAGUUGAUCUCCGCCGUCGGCUUCUGCCACGCCAGAGGGGUCUACCACCGCGACCUCAAGCCCGAGAAUCUCUUAUUGGACGAAGCCGGUGACCUCAAAGUCUCCGAUUUUGGGCUUAGUGCUGUCUCUGAUCAGAUGAGGCAGGAUGGCCUGUUCCACACCUUUUGUGGGACUCCGGCGUAUGUGGCACCUGAGGUUUUGGCCCGGAAGGGCUAUGACGCAUCCAAGGUUGAUAUAUGGUCGUGCGGUGUGAUACUCUUCGUCUUGAUGGCUGGGUAUCUCCCUUUCCAUGAUCAGAACAUCAUGGCCAUGUACAAGAAAAUCUACAAGGGUGAAUUCCGAUGCCCUCGGUGGUUUUCGCCGGAGCUCGCUCGGCUUCUUACUCGGCUCCUCGAUACGAACCCGGAAACCAGAAUUACAAUUCCGGAGAUUAUGGAGAAUCGGUGGUUUAAGAAAGGUUUUAAACAUAUUAAAUUUUACAUUGAGGAUGAUACGCUUAGACUCUGUAAUGCUGAGGAGGCUGAGGAUGAUGUGGAGUCUUUGUCGGAUCAAUCUAUGUCAGAGUCGGAGUCGGAGUUGGAGACUCGGAGGAGGCUUUCUACAUUGCCAAGACCGGCGAGUUUGAAUGCAUUUGAUAUUAUAUCAUUUUCACCAGGUUUCGAUCUCUCCGGAUUGUUUGAGGAGGGAGGUGGAGACGCGCGAUUUGUGUCGGGUGCACCUGUAUCGAAGAUUAUAUCAAAAUUAGAGGAGAUUGCCAAGGUGGUGAGCUUUACAGUGAGGAAGAAGGAUUGUAGGGUGAGCUUAGAGGGAUCCAGAGAGGGGGUGAAGGGGCCAUUAACGAUUGCAGCUGAGAUUUUUGAGUUAACGCCCUCAUUGGUGGUGGUGGAAGUUAAGAAGAAAGGAGGCGACAAAGGGGAGUAUGAGGAUUUCUGUAAUCGUGAAUUGAAACCCGUGUUGCAGAACCUUGUUGAUGACUCUGCUGCUUCUUCACAUUUUCAGAACUCCUUGCACAAAGGAGAGUGUGGGCAACUUUCUAAUCUGGAAUUGUUGGAGUCUGGAUUGAAGAACCUUGUGGUGGAUGACUCUGCUUCUACACCACAUUUGCCCUCAGAUACUGAAUAGAAAGGAGAGAGAGAGAAGGGUGUAACACAACAUGGCCUGUGAAUUCACGAGGCACGAUUAUAGUUUUGCCUGAGAUCGAAACUUCUCUUUGGCAUUACUGAAAGAAGCCCUCUCUUGUGACAAGGAAAACAUUAGUAAUUGUUUUCUUGCUUAUUCUGAAUAAUUCCCAAUUUGGGGAAAUUUUUUUUGUGCAUGUUAAUCUUCUUUUGUUUUAUACAUCAAUUAUAUACAUGAAAUCCUACUUUGAAGGUAGGGUCCUACUACAGUACCAAAGGUACUUUUUAGAAAAGGUACCACCAAUUAAGUGAUGCCAUGUAUACACUCCGCGGCCCAUGGUUUUGUACUUGAGUUUCAUUCUUUUAUACCUUGCAUCUUAAUCUCAUAUCAUUUUCUCACUUA